AUGGUGACAUCACAACGUCCAAGUCUUUCAAACGAAAACGUCGACAUGUGUGCUUUUCUUAAUCGAAACGAAGAGUUGGUGGACAUUGCACAGUGCAAAUUUAUCCCGGACGAUGAAGUGGACGGUCACAUUCCGCAGUGCAUGAGCUACGUAAUGGACACUGCGCCUCGUGAUGACGAGAUGAAAUGA